AUGCUUUGGUUAUUUCUUAUUCUUCCUGUAAUAAGUGUAACUAGUCGAACAAUUAUUACUGAUAAUCAUUCAUCAAAUGCAAUAUCAGAUCGUAUAAUUGAAUUAGUUACACAAGGUGCUUUUCGAGGUGUAACAUAUAAUCGUUUAGCUGCAUUAGCUGAUACAAUUGGUCCUCGUCUAUGUGGAAAUGAAUCAUUAUCAAAAGCUAUUGAUUGGGUACAAAGUGCAAUGAUUAAAGAAGGUUUAGAUAAUGUUCAUGUUGAAGAAGUUAAAAUACCUCAUUGGGUACGAGGUGAAGAACGUGCUCAUUUACUGCAACCACGUUUUACAAAAUUAUCAAUGCUUGGUUUAGGUAAUUCAAUUGGUACUGGACCAACAGGUAUUCGAGCACCUGUACUUGUUGUUCGAUCAUUUGAUGAAUUAAAUUUACGAUGUGCAGAAGCACGAAAUAAAAUUGUUGUUUUUAAUCCACAAUGUGAUUGGAAAGCGCAACCAUUAGCUUGUUAUGGUACAGUUGUUGGUUAUCGUGUUGGUGGAGCAUCAAGUGCAGCGAAAUGUGGAGCAGUAGCUUCUCUUAGUCGAUCAGCUGCAUCACGUUCAAUUGAUUCUCCUCAUACAGGUGUUAUGUCAUAUGAUUUAACAUAUCCAAAAAUUCCAGCUGGAUCACUUUCAGUUGAACAUGCAGAUAUGCUUGAUCGUUUUCAACAACGAAAUCAAUCUAUUGAAAUAUAUCUCUAUAUGGAAGCACAAACAUUACCUGAUGUUGUUGGUUAUAAUCUUGUAGCUGAAGUAAGAGGUGCAAGUUUACCUAAUGAAACUGUUCUUGUUAGUGGUCAUCUUGAUAGUUGGGAUGUUGGUCAAGGAGCAAUGGAUGAUGGUGGUGGUGCAAUGAUUUCUUGGACUGUUCUUUCUUUACUUCAUUCAUUAAACGUUCGUGCUAAACGAACAGUUCGUUGUGUUCUGUGGUCAUGUGAAGAAUUUGGUGGUAUUGGUGCUGAACAAUAUUUUACUGCACAUCAAUCUGAAGUACCAAAAAUGAGUCUUGUUAUGGAAUCUGAUCUUGGAGUAUUUCAUCCUCAAGGUCUUCAAUUUCUAGGAAGACCUCAAGCACAACAAAUUGUCGAAUCUAUAUCAAAACAAUUGUCAUCAAUUAAUGCAACACAAGUUGUAUCAGGUGGUGGUGGUGAAGAUAUUAGUCCAUGGACGCAACGUGGAGUACCUGGUGCAUCACUUCUUAAUGAUAACUGGGAUUAUUUUGCAUAUCAUCAUUCAAAUGGUGAUACAAUGAAUGUACUUAAUUCAACUGAUGUUGAUUUAGCAGCUGCUGUUUGGGCUGUUUAUGCUUUUUCUAUUGCUGAUCUUGAUAAUCUUUUACCACGAUAG